AUGCGAUCUUUCGCCCCUCUAGUCUUGAGUCUCCUCGGGGCUACUGCGGCUGUCUCUGCCGCCGAGUCUGCCGAAGACUCUAAUGUUGUCACCCUGACCCAGGAUACCUUCAAUGACUUUAUUAAAUCCCAUGACUUGGUCCUCGCCGAGUUCUUCGCACCUUGGUGUGGUCAUUGCAAGGCCCUCGGCCCCAAGUAUGAGGAAGCUGCGACCGAGCUGAAGGCCAAGGAUAUUCCCCUGGUCAAGGUGGAUUGUACCUUGGAAGAGGAGCUGUGCCGCACCUACGAGGUCGAUGGGUACCCGACCCUGAAGGUCUUCCGUGGCCCUGACUCGCACAAGCCGUACGGAGGUGCCCGCCAAACCGAUUCGAUCGUCUCAUACAUGACCAAGCAGUCCAUGCCGGCCGUGUCGACGGUGACUGAAGAAAACCUGGAAGAGUUCAAGACCCUGGACAAGAUCGUGAUCAUCGGUUACGUGGCCUCUGACGACAAGGCCUCUAACAAGAGCUUCACCGCGUUCGCUGAAUCCCAGAGAGACAACUACCUCUUCGCCGCCUCUAACGAUGCCGCUCUCGCCAAGGCCGAGGGUGUCAAGCAGCCCUCCAUUGUUCUCUACAAGGACUUCGACGAAAAGAAGGCCGUGUACGAUGGCAAGCUGGAGGACGAGGACAUCCUCAAGUUCGUGAAGAGUGCCAGUACCCCGCUUGUGGGCGAGCUGGGUCCUGAGACCUACUCUCAGUACAUGGCGGCCGGCCUUCCCCUGGCUUACAUCUUCGCCGAGACUGCGGAGGAGCGCGAGUCUUUCGCUGCUGAGUUCCGCCCGAUUGCUGAGAAGCACCGCGGAGACAUUAACAUAGUCACCCUCGAUGCCAAGCUGUUUGGUGCCCACGCCAGUAACCUUAACCUGGAGCCUGAGAAGUUCCCGGCCUUCGCCAUCCAGGAGACCACGAAAAAUGCCAAGUACCCCUACGACCAGACCAAGAAGCUUGAUGCCAAGGAAGUCGGCAAGUUCAUCAAGGAUGUAGUUGAUGGCAAGGUUGAGCCUAGCAUCAAGUCGGAGCCAGUUCCCGAGACCCAGGAGGGCCCCGUCACUGUUGUCGUUGGCCGCAGCUACCAGGAGCUCGUCAUCGACAAUGAGAAGGAUGUCCUGCUCGAGUUCUAUGCUCCGUGGUGCGGUCACUGCAAGGCUCUGGCUCCCAAGUACGACGAGCUCGCCGCUCUGUACAGCGACGUUGCUGAGUUCAAGGAGAAGGUCACCAUUGCCAAAAUCGAUGCCACCGCCAACGAUGUGCCGGACUCCAUCACUGGGUUCCCGACCAUCAAGCUCUACCCGGCUGGUGAUAAGGGCGCCCCCGUCGAGUACGAGGGUUCGCGCAGCGUGGAGGACCUCGUCUCCUUCGUCAAGGAGAACGGCAAGUACAAGAUUGAUGGGUUGGCCGAGGGUACCAACAAGUCCGAGGACGGCGAUGCCAGCUCCGCGUCCUCUACCAAGGCCGCGGAGACCGAGGCUCCUUCGGACGAGAGCCACGAUGAACUGUAA